ACAAUCCUCGGGCGGGCGCGCAGCCGAGCCGGCUCUGCUGGCUGGCGCAAUCUCGCGCGCUCCUUGCAUUGAUCAAAAAUGGGGGUUGAAACAGUAAACGCGAGGAGGAGCAACUGUCGGACUCGGUUCAGAAGCACGACCAAUGGGGAUGCGAGCUUCUUCGCGCGAACCAAUCAGCGCAGGGCCUGCGACAGCGCGGGCCAAUGGGGCGCCGACUCGGCCCUGGAACAGGGCAGGGGUGCGGAGCCGGCUGCAGACUCUCACCGCGGCGGUCGUGAACGCUAGCCGUUCACGCGUUCGGUCCUCCUUGGCUGACUCGCCGCCCUAGCCGCCGCACCAUGGACGCCCCGAGGCAGGUGGUUAACUUUGGGCCUGGUCCCGCCAAGCUGCCGCACUCAGUGUUGUUAGAGAUGCAAAAGGAGUUACUAGACUACAAAGGAGUUGGCAUUAGUGUUCUUGAAAUGAGUCACAGGUCAUCAGAUUUUGCCAAGAUUAUUAACAAUACAGAGACUCUUGUGCGGGAAUUGCUAGCCGUUCCAGACAACUAUAAGGUGAUUUUUUUGCAAGGAGGUGGGUGUGGCCAGUUUGGUGCUGUCCCCUUAAACCUGAUUGGCUUGAAAGCAGGAAGAUGUGCGGACUAUGUGGUGACAGGAGCUUGGUCAGCUAAGGCCGCAGAAGAAGCCAAGAAGUUUGGGACUAUAAAUAUUGUUCACCCUAAACUUGGGAGUUAUACAAAAAUUCCAGAUCCAAGCACCUGGAACCUCAACCCGGAUGCCUCCUAUGUGUAUUAUUGCGCAAAUGAGACAGUGCAUGGUGUGGAGUUUGACUUUAUACCCGAUGUCAAGGGAGCAGUACUGGUUUGUGACAUGUCCUCAAACUUCCUGUCCAAGCCAGUGGAUGUUUCCAAGUUUGGUGUGAUUUUUGCUGGUGCCCAGAAGAAUGUUGGCUCUGCUGGGGUCACCGUGGUGAUUGUCCGUGAUGACCUGCUGGGGUUUGCUCUCCGAGAGUGCCCUUCGGUCCUGGAAUACAAGGUGCAGGCUGGAAACAGCUCCUUGUACAACACGCCUCCAUGUUUCAGCAUCUACGUCAUGGGCUUGGUCCUGGAGUGGAUUAAAAACAAUGGAGGUGCCGCGGCCAUGGAGAAGCUUAGCUCCAUCAAAUCUCAAAUGAUUUAUGAGAUUAUUGAUAAUUCUCAAGGAUUCUACGUAUGUCCAGUGGAGCCCCAAAAUAGAAGCAAGAUGAAUAUUCCAUUCCGCAUUGGCAAUGCCAAAGGAGAUGAUGCUUUAGAAAAAAGAUUUCUUGAUAAAGCUCUUGAACUCAAUAUGUUGUCCUUGAAAGGGCAUAGGUCUGUGGGAGGCAUCCGGGCCUCUCUGUAUAAUGCUGUCACGAUUGAAGAUGUUCAGAAGCUGGCCGCCUUCAUGAAAAAUUUUUUGGAGAUGCAUCAGCUAUGAACACAUCCUAACCAGGAUAUACUCUGUUCCUGAACAACAUACAAAGUUUAAAGUAACUUGCGGAUGGCUACAAAGAGUUAACAAACACAGUAUUUUUCUUAAAUGAACAUGUUUAUUGUAGAUUCUUCUUUUUUGAAAGAACAGCAAAACAUCUACGGCUCUGUAAAGCUGGUGGGACCUAAUGUUCACCUUAAUUCUGACUUGAACUGGAAACAUUUUAAGAAACCUUCUUGUUGCUUUUCUAACAAAUUCCUGCUUAUUUUGCCUUUGCUGCUACUUUUUCUAGUUAGAUUUCAAACUUGCCUGUGGACUUAAUAAUGCAAGUUGCAAUUAAUUAUUUCUGGAGUCAUGGGAACACACAGCAUAGAGGGUAGGUGGGGCCUUCUAGGUGCUGAAUCUAGACAUCUGUGGGGUCUCCUGGGUUCAGCGGCUGUUGAUUCAAGGUCAACAUUGACCAUUGAAGGAGCGGUUUAAGAGUACCAGGCAAAGGGCAAACUGUAGAUCGAUCUUUAUACUGUUAUCACAAGAGAAGUGACAUACUUUAUAUAUGUUUCUAUUAGCAAGGUCUGUUUCUAAUACCAUAUACUUUAUAUCUCUAUACAUUUAUAUUUCGAAUAAUAUGGUUAUCACUGAUACAUGUAGACACUUUUAGAAUUUAUUAAAUCCUUGACCUUGUGCAUUAUUCCAUUAGCAACAGUUGCACCCCCUCCUCAGCCCUCCUCUUCCUCUUUUUAAGCUGUUUUAUGAAAAAGAUCUAGAAGUUCUUGAUUCAUUUUUACUGUUCUUUCCAGAGGUAGAAGAGAAAGUUGAUUGGUUGGUUGUUUUUCAAUUAUGCCAUUAAACUAAACAUUUCUGUUAAAUUACCCUAUCCUUUGUUCUCUUGACUGUUUUCUUUGUAAUGUUUGAUGACAAGAGUGAUACUUUGCUGAAAAGUCUUUCCCCUAUUGUUUAUCUAUUGUCAGUAUUUUAUGUUGAAUAUGUAAAGAACAUUAAAAUCCUAAAACAUCUAA